UUUUUAUUUAUUUACUUGAGAGUGUCGGACCAGGAAUAUUGAACCAGUUGGUCGAAGAAAUUCAUGUUAUGAUACCAAAGUGACCAGAUAAAACGGAGAAAUUUUUAUGAAAUAACCUCAGUCACGAAAUUUAGAGUUUCUGAUGAAAGUGGCGCGUGAAGACUCUUAAUAUCGAAAUCAUAACUGUGACGGAUUGGUGGUACUGAAUGAUGAGUGUUGAAUGAUCACGUGUAAAAAUUCUUGUACCGAAUUCUCAUCGAUGAUUUCGUGAGUGAUCUACUCCAUCGGGAAAAGAAAGAAAAAAAAACACAGAGAAAACGAGAGAGAUACACAAAAUCGUCGCAAGAUGCUCGCCUUCAUUUUGUCCUUGAUCAUCAUCAGCCUGCUGGCAUUAAUCAUUAACUUGAGACUGCAGGAAUCUACCCACUUGCCUCCCGGACCAUUUCAAUGGCCAAUCAUCGGAAACCUUCGCUUCAUUCGAAAACUGAGUCUUCAGUAUCGUGGACAGCAUCAAGCAUUCAUUGAGCUCUCUCGUCGCUAUUCGAGCAAUCUUAUCUCAAUCCGUCUUGGCAGAUCAAGUAUCAUAGUUGUAUCUGGUUUUGAAAACAUCCAAAAGGUAUUUACUUCGGAAGUGUUUGACGGUAGACCGUGGAACGAAUUCAUCAAAUUAAGGAACAUGGGCCUCAAAAAAGGUAUUACGAUGGCGGAUGGUCCUGAGUGGAGGACUGUUCGAGCUUGGCUCGUUAGAUCACUGCGACGAAUCGGAUUUGGACGUGUCGACAUGUCGGCCUCGUUGCUUGAAGAACUCCAGAUAAUAUUCGAGAUUGCAAAAGAUGGUGGAGUUUUUUGCAUGAAAUCUCUCAUAUCAAUGGCUACGAUUAAUGUCAUUUGGACGUUGAUUGCCGGGAAAAGAAUUUCAAACGAGAAGAAACUUCAGCAUUUUCUCGAAAUGAUGAAACGACGAGCCGAAGCGUUCGACAUGGCUGGAGGAUUAUUAUCGAUGUUCCCUUGGGUCCGUUACGUAGCCCCCAAAGCUUCCGGCUACAAUCUCCUUGUGACUUUAAACGACGAAUUGAAGAGCUUUCUAAAGCAAGAAAUUGACGAACACAAGAAAAAUUAUACGCCCGGAAAAACCGAUGGAGAUUUGAUAGAUUUGUUUUUGGAAGAAAUCUAUGAGAGAAAAACCGACUCUUCAAUAUUCAAUGAGGACCAAUUGUUCAUAAUCCUGUUGGAUUUGUUGAUCGCUGGUUUGGUGACAACAUCGGUGACCCUCGAAUUCGUGUUUCUUCGUGUGACGGUUCAUCAGGAAGUUCAGCGUCGAUUGCAUGAAGAACUCGAUCGUGUUAUCGGACGAGAACGCCUUCCGGAACUCAAGGAUCGACCGAAUUUGCCGUACGCCGCAGCCGUACUCACGGAAUCUCAACGAAUGCAGAUGGUCCUACCGAUCGUUGGCCCGAGACGCGCAUGGUCCAGGACGCAUCUCGGAGGUUACGACAUACCGAAGGAUUCUUAUCUCCUUCUCAAUGUCUUCAGUGUUUUUAUGAACCCGAAAUAUUAUCCGGAGCCGGACUCCUUCAAACCAGAAAGAUUCUUGAAAGAUGGUUCAUUCGUUCAUGAUGAAAAACUCGUAUUCUUCGGCGCAGGCCACAGAAGGUGCCCUGGUGAGGCCGAGGCGAAAUCAGUUCUCUUCUUAUUCUUCGUCGGUAUCAUGCACCGCUUUCAAUUGUUACCGAAACCGGGAGAGGGCCCUCCGGACACUGAGCCAUCGCAGGGGCUCGUGAUAUCACCGAAACCGUACGAAAGUCUGUUCGUUCCUCGUCAACGAAUCGAUAAUUCUGCCUAAAAUCUCAUUCCCAGAAAGCACUGUUCAUUUGCAGUUAUGACACCGAAGCGGAUCAAGAAUUGAAUUGAAUCGAAAAAAUCAAUUUUCUAGAUGGCCUUUGAGCAAAAAAUAUUUUCUGAGAAGAAUUUCGAUAGAAUAAAUAUAAUGGAAUUUUUUUCUCAUUAAAAAAUGCGGGAACGUUGCCAAAUCUCGAGUAUUGAUACGAUCCUUUAUUUUGACACUUCUUAUUUAUGCCUAUCUUAAGUCGAUAACUCUGCUGAUGCACGAAAAAAUCCUUGCUCGAAGAAAAAGGUUGAUAAUAGAAAAAAAAGACCAUGAAAAUAUUCCAUUUCCAACGAUAAAAAUAAACCCCCCAACCGUCUAUAGUAAGCAGAUAUUGUUAUGAAAAUGCGUGACAAGGAUUGAAAAUAACAAAUAUGCAACUUCUUACUUCUCACAUAAAACAUUUCGACCUCGAAUCUAUGCGUUUUAAGAUGCACCACCUUGUCCAAAAUCUGCCUUUUUUCGGGAUCGAAUGACGAGAAAAACUUUUUUAACUUGAUAACAAAAAAUCGCGUUUAUUGAGGUAGAAAAUUGCGAAAAAGUACCAUGUUCAGGGAUAUGUACCAAAAAAAAAUAGCACAAUAAAUUAUUCAUGGGCCGGACAA